UAUGGUAACUCAGUAAACCCGUGGCGAUAAACUGUUGUUCUUAUCUCUUAAUUCUAUGCUCUAUGAAUUCCAUGUCAAUAAAAUGAAGUCUUUGAGAAGAAUAACAAGGUGUCUUUACGAAGGAAGCGUGUUCAAUACUGAACGAGCAGCCUCUUCCAGAAGAUGGCGACACACAUCCCGGUUUUCAAUAACAGUUCCUUGUACAAAUGUGGCGGAUCUAAUCAUGAAAGACUUUGGAAAAUUCUCUAACAAAGUAGCGCUAAUUGAUGGUGUAUCAGGAAAGUCUCUAACCUAUGGUGAGUUAGAAUAUGAAGUUGUUAAAUAUGCCGAAUACUUCCGACAAUUACGGAUAAAUAAAGGAGAUGUUGUGUGUAUCUGCGGAUCCAACGUACCGCAAUUUGCUCACGUAUUUCUAGCGGCAACUGGAAUCGGCGCCGCGGUUACCAUAGCAAAUGGACAGCUAACACCACGAGAGCUGACAGAUCAACUAAACGUUUCAAGAGCAAAAUUUGUAUUUGCAACGGAGGAUACACUUAACAAGUGUCGCGAAGCGGUGAAAACGUCGAACCACGGCGAGGGUGUAUUCGAAAUUGGCAAAAUGCCUUCCCUUCUGUCCAAUGGCAUUCAUGACGAUAAGUCCCAUUUUCUCCAUAAUGGCGUCAGAGAUGACGAUGUUGCAUUGAUGCCAUUUUCCAGUGGGACAACAGGGCUACCUAAAGGUGUCGAACUGACUCACAGCAAUCUAACGGCACAACUAAGUCAAAUCAGACACCAUACAGUUAUCCCUCUCGAUUCCGGAGAUGACCGAGUUAUCACGAUGUUGCCCAUGGUACACAUAGCUGGCCUGGUGAUCGGUUUACUGAAUCCGCUGGCACAGGGUGCUACUGUUGUUAUACUGCCCAAGUUUGUACCAGAGCAAUUUCUCCGUGCUGUUCAAAAGUACCGGGGUACAUUUUCCCUCCUUGCUCCACCUGUGGUCAAUUUCCUCGCUAAUGACCCGAUGGUGGAUAAGUUUGACUUGUUGAGUCUUCGUGACCCCUACAGUGGUGCCGCGACCCUAGGUAGAGAGCUCACUGAGAAAAUGGUUCAAAGACUAAACCUGGAUGGAAUCAGGCAAGGUUACGGAAUGUCAGAAACAAGUCCUGUUGUAAUGACCGAUCCACCAAACAAUAAGCAGUACGGCUCCAUAGGACACCCCAUCCCCGCUACAACGGUCAAGCUUGUAGAGCCAACCUCUAGUAAUGAUAUUAGUACACCUGGGAAAGAAGGCGAAAUCUGGGUCAAAGGACCUCAGGUCAUGAAAGGUUACAUAGGUCAACCUGAAUCUACUGCAGAUGUUAUCACAAAGGAUGGUUGGUUUAAAACUGGUGAUGUCGGCUACUAUAAUACGGAGGGAAGUUACUUUGUUGUUGACAGAAUUAAAGACAUCAUCAAAUACAAAGGAUACCAGAUUGCCCCAGCCUACUUGGAGAGCAUCUUGAUGUCCCACCCAGGCGUCAGGGAGGCGGCUGUGGUUGGGGAACCAGUUGGGGUCAAUGGGGAAAUCCCCAAGGCAUUUGUCAUCCCAUCCUCUCCAGUGUCAGAGGAAACUCUAGUCAACUUUGUAAAUGAACAAGUGGCCCCAUACAGAAGACUGAGAGGAGGGGUGGUGUUCACUGACCACAUACCAAAGUCUCCUAGCGGAAAAAUUCUCAGACGCUUCAUACGAUCUCAACAAGCAUAGAAUAUGUACACGAUCAACAGCUU